GUGGUUACCGCUUCACUUCAUCUCGCCGCUCUUUCAACGUCCAUCGCUCGCUGCCUCUGACACUGCCGGCGACUGGAUCGCUCUGGUGUCGUACAGAAUAACCUAACACCCUCGACUCUCUUUCUACAAUGUGUGCCUGUGGUGGCCCCAAAUGGAAGCGCGAGGUCGUUCAAGACCAUAAGUUCGACUUCAUCUCCGUCGCCGACUUCCGGGAUAACGGCUUCAAAAUGCGCAUGAAAUACUUCUUCCUGUUCAUGAUCUUCUUCAAGUCUUUCGCCGUAUACAUGUCGGACAUCUUUACCGCCGUGACCAUGUUGACGACAACGGGCUGGUCGAAUCAGAUCUUCAACGCAUGCACGGCCCAGUCCUCCGGCUGUGUGUUCAUUCCUUUCAAUACUGGCAAGUGGUUGUUUGUGGGCUGCAUUAUCUUCUCGUUCCUGUUGCUGGGAUACGAGUCUCGCAAGGCCAAGCUUAUUGUUGCGAGUCAUGACAUCUCAUAUGCGUUUACCAACGUGCUGGCCAACAACUACUAUUCUCUCCGGUCAUACGAUCAUUUUUGUUUCUUUGACCAUAUCAGCAACUCCACUAAGACGAGCGACGACUUUGCUUUCUUUGUGUUCUUCGUUUUCAAGAGUUGGAAGCGGGUGUUGUUGGCUGACGGCCCUCGUCAGACGAUCAAUGCUCUCACUCUUUACGCUGUGUGGGAAACUAAGCACGCCAAAGCCGGAUGGGAUAUCAGUGCCUAUUUCGCAGGGAACACUCCCUCGACAUCCAUCCUGCUUGUGACUACUCUGUUCACUGUGAUCGUUUUCUCCGGUUCUCUGCUGCUCUUGGUUGCUGCCUGCUUCUGUUAUGUUCCUUUGCUCUGCUACAUCCGUGGUAACUUGAAGGAAUAUUGCUGCCACAAAGUCGACAAGCGUAUCGAGCAUGUGAUCAAGAAGCGUCAAAAGCAGAGACUGGACGAGAAUCAGAAACAGGCGUUGCGCGAAGCCCGUGGCGACUUCUCUCAUCUCAAGAACAAGAAAGGUGUCUUUACUUCGAAGCCUCUUCCGCAGCCUACCCUGCCAAACCUCUCCGUGGACGACGACUUGGACGACAAGGCCUCAAUCUACACCCGCGGUCCUGCUCCAAGCACGUACACCCAGGACUCGUAUUACUACAGCGAUCACAAGUCGAAUCCUCCUGCGAUGCCCGCAUAUAACCCCUAUUCCAAUUAUCAAGCUCCAGACGCUUAUGCGAAAUACAACCCAUCGCAGGCCACGCUUGCUCAGGACGAGUAUCAAACUCAGUAUGGCGACGAAAGCACGACACAGCUUACUUCUGGCGCUGCACCAUUUGCUCAUGGACAACACAACAUCGUCCGUCCGGGAUCAGCUGCCCCUCCUAACCCGUACUACGCCGAACCCAUUGACCGAGCCGGAUCCGUCGCACCAUACUACGCCGAACCCAUCGAUCGUGCUGGCUCUGUUGCACCUUACUAUGCGGAACCGGUGAAUCGAACUGGCUCUGUUGCGCCGCCCGAAUCAUACUACGGGGAAGCUCCCCAGUACUCCCACUCCCAAUAUCCCACGGAUCGCACAGGAACCCCCAGUCAGAACUUCGACCCGUCGGAUGUAUACCAGGGCCGGGCAGUGCCCAGUCCCCGUCCCCAACAGCGAGCCGCACCGGGCGCGUUUACAUCUCCGCCCAGUGGCCUAGCCUAUGAAGAUUCGGAUGCCUACGGAGGACACCCUCAGCAUUCUCAGCAGCAAUCAUGGCGUUCCGGUCCCGACCCCGAACAAGGCCGUUAUUAGGCUCGCUUUCUAUGGACGUACUCAUACCGUGUACUUGUACAAUGCAUUAAUCCAGGCCGGAGCGAAAACGGAAGAUACAUAAGAAUAUAGAUUAAGCAAUGAGCUUCUCAUAGAGAAUGAUGCCGAUAAGCAGAACAAGUACAAGAAUGAUCGCCCCAGUCACAACCCGCUGCUGGUACAUCCUAGAAUAUCCUGUUUGAGCUAUUCGUGAAUGACAUUCAUCAGCGUAGAGCCGCACCUUCUGAUCAUUCCCUUGAGUGUUCCGGACGCGCGGUCGAUGUGGGUGUUGGCGGCUUCCAACUACGACCGUUGAGGGCGAGUAAGAAAGGGAAGGGGAGAACGCACGGUAUCACGAGAGUGAACGAUUUGUUCUCUCUGUUGACGCAGGUUCAUCAGGAUGUCCGCGCCUUGGCUUUCAGUUUCAAGGGCGAUACGAUGCGAGUCCUGGAGCCGUUUGGUGCCAUCCUCGAGAACAGCAGUUCCUGCCAGAAGUCGGGUGCGAUCGGUGGCCGGACCGUAAGGCUCAUCCGAAGUGAAGGCUCCAGAAUGCUUCGACGAGGCUAACAGAGCGCUACGAGCGAGCUGAGCAUGCACCUCCUUAUACUGCUUCUUGUAUCGUGCGAGCUCGAGCUUGGCGUUCUUCAAGCGGGUUUGAUACUGCGGUCGUAUUGACUGAGGAAUGCCCUGGAUUUCAAUCUCCAUUUGCGAGACCUAGAUUACGUCGGCAAAUGGCAGGACAUGGUCGGAGAAGCAUCCCGUACCAUCUCGUCUGCCUCGUCGAGCUCCAUUUCGGCUCUCCUUAGAGAAGCCUUGCGUUGUUCUGUGGGUGGCUGAGUUGCUGCGGGCGGAGGGGCGCAAGGUCUAUACCGCCGCUGUCAUCUUUGCCUUCACCGUCCAGCUUCUGGCGAAUGGUCUCUAUGAAUUGUUGGAAGUCCUGCUCAUAAGAAUCGAAAAGGGUGGUGGGUGAAUUGUUCAUCGUCGUGAAGGGAGGGAAUAAGGUGCACUUGCACGUGUCCGACCCGAUUCGGCUUUCGAGAGUGACUGUCAUAUUCGUCCACUUCCGCGACCAUGUCCAGCUCAGCGGUAUCUCUAUACCUGGACCCGCAAAUCCGGGACUGGGUUCUUUUCCCCAUCACUUUGGUUAUGAUCCUUGUGGGGAUCCUGAGGCACUAUGUCGUUGUCCUUCUCCAAGCCUCUCCUCAAAAGCUCUCGCGCGAAGCUCUUCGUGAACAGCGUGCUUUGGCGCGUUCUCAAAUCUUGCGAGCUACCUCUGCCAACUCACCCAUACCUCCGACGUACUAUCGCUCUAUUUCGCGACAUCUCUCGGAGGCGUUCGAGGCUGGCACGUAUCUGAAAGACGGGCCUCCUCGUGAGGGUGACGCACCGAAAGGACCUCCCAACCCCAUGAGCGACCCGGCAGCUAUGGAGGGGAUGAUGGGUGGACUGAAAACUCAAAUGGUUAUGAUGGUCCCUCAAAUGGUCAUCAUGGGAUGGAUCAAUUUCUUCUUCCAGGGCUUUGUUCUGAUCAAGCUUCCCUUCCCGUUGACUCUGGGAUUCAAGUCCAUGCUGCAACGAGGCAUCGAGACUCCAGACAUGGACGUCCGCUGGGUUUCGUCUCUGUCCUGGUACUUCCUCAACUUCUUUGGUCUCAAUGGUCUAUAUCGUCUUAUUCUGGGUGGUGACAAUUCCGCGGAUUCCUCCCAGAGCAUGACCUCUUUCAAUACGGCACCGGCUGCUGGUCCACAGGAUUACUCGAAAUUGUUCAAGGCGGAGAAAGAUCACUUGCAGUUCUCUGACGGUCAAUAUAAAUGGAUCGGGGAGGAAGUAGAAGAUCGCAUUUUGCGUCGUUACGGUAAAUUAUAAUCACGUUUCUCUCAGGCUCGGAUUCGUUGGUCCUGCUCGUUGUUGUAUCCACUCCAGUCCACAACAAGUGUUGAACAAUACUAAUUACGUCAUGUGAUCGCAUAUCGCCGUCGGCACACCCCAUAACACCACGAACACGACAACGUGUCACUGGGUACACCAUUGAACACUUACUCACAAUCCUCCAUGACGGCUCUGGUUGAAAUUCGUGUAGAGUUACCUGCAUACUCUCACACAAUUACAAUCAGUGUCCCGGAGGAGAGUACCGUCCUUGACGUCAAGGAGGAGAUAUUCCGGGCAUGCGCCGGUGGGCCUCGCGUGCAGGGUCAGAGAAUCAUCUGGAGGGGACGUUCCCUUCUAGAUACAGAGAAAGUUCAGGAACUCUGGCAGUCUCCUAACGACCCCCGGAUCGUCCAUCUUGCUGUGCACCCAUCGGCCUGGACGACUUCUCCACCGGACAUUUCGCGACCUUCCUUGCCUGAAACUUCCUCUCCCGCACCCGCAACGCCUUCUGCAGCGCCUCUCCCCACGUCCUUUCCGGCGGUUCUGUCCUCCCGAUUACAAUCGGUCUAUGCCCAACCCGGUAUUAGCGCACCAGGUCCACUCACAUAUGUGGUGGCCAGACAUCAGCAAGCCCUGAAUACGAUGGAGAACAUCAAGGUCUCGCCGCUAGAUGCUAGCACGCUUGCUUUCAAGAUUCUUGCUGUCCAGAUCGUGGAGCGUCACGGGUGGUCGUGGCCCCCCGUCUUGGACGAAGAGUUCCCGUUGGUGGAGGACGGUGUUGGGGUGAAGUAUGAGCGUGCUAUUGUUGAUGGGCAGAGCUACCUGCGACUUGUCAAUCCAGAUAGCCAACCGACUGCUGUGCAGAUGCACGCAUUGAAUGUACUCUCUCAUACCUUCCCCAUACUGGCAUUACCACCCAUCAUCUCACAAUCCCGGGUCAUUCCAUCUCAAACUCCGGCCCCAAAUGUGCAAGCUCUAUUGCAGCAGCUGGGUCUCCCGGCUGUUCGCCAUGGCGGCAACGGCAACCUCGCUCCGAAUGCGGCACCUCAGAUGCAAGCCAUCGACAUCCCCCUUCGGCCAUUGCUGAUUCCGCUGUUCUUCAUGACAUUGCGCGUGGCGAUUCUGCUGUACUUCUUUGCCCCUGCCCGCAAGCCUUUGUUCGGUGCAAUAAUUGUCAUGUGGAUGCUGUAUGAAGUGAUCAGAGGAGGACUUAUCCGUGGAUUGAAUCGGGCUCCUGAGGCUGAUCAACGGGCGGCGGCAGCUGGCGGGGGCCGCCCGGCUCAGCCUCACGCUGCAGGAAAUGUUGGUGGUGGUGGUGGUGGUGCCGCUGCGCAUCCCAAUGCUGCUGCCAAUGCCGCGCCGGCCCCCGCGGUACCAGGCGCUGCUCCAGUUGGCCCGAGGGCAGCUGGUGCCAAUGACUUUGACAGCCACAUUGCCGCUGUCUUUGACGUGUUGGGCAGUUACAACUUGGAUAACGAACAGGAGAUACUCCGCGUCAAUGCCGCGGAGCCUACCUUCACUAGCAGGGCCAUGGCGUUCGUGACGCUGUUUGUGGCUACGAUGCAUCCCGCAGUAUGGAACCGGCGGCGCAACUUGCUUCGACGUCGGGAGACACAAAUCAGGAUCGACGCCAGUGCGCGUGCUGCCGACCUGGACCGGGAAAAUCAGGAACCAGAACAGCAGGAGAGGAUCCGUCGCCAAGAGCGCCUGGUUGCAGAGCAUCAGCAACGACCCCGAUGGAUCCGGGAGUACACGGAAAGGGUUGUGCACGAGACGUGGGUUGACGAGGCUGAUUGAUGGGCUGCAGCGGCAUACUAGGUCUCGGAUACAUGCAUUUACUUUAUAUCGUUUUGAAUGUCGAAUGUAUACAUUGCUUCCAUGAAAUUGGCGAGGACGGAACGUGAA